AGCUGGGACAAAGCACAGGAGCUCACCCCAUUGUCAACUGGGACGAACUGUGAACCUUUCGAUCAACCAGCCCAGCAGCAGCUUAGUGGUUUAAACCACUGCACCACCUGAAGUCCCUCAGACUUACCAGGAUCAAGGAUUAGCCUGGCAAGAGAUGUCGUGCGAGCCCCCGGGCAUGUGCACAGCGUCCAGCAAAUUAAAGCAAAGAGAGGGAAUCGUCGGUAGAAACUAAAAGCUAGAGAGGAACUGGCUGUAAUCCCCCUGCCUGGCACUCGAAUACCGCUGCUAAAACUCAGCUUGAAUUCGCUGAACACUUCUUUGCCAGAGCCUCUUUGUCAGUUGCCAAGCUCUUUCGACACUGAAAAGAAAGCAUCCCUGGAGCCUCUGACACAAGCCCCAUGCUGCCCAUCCUGCUGCUGCCUGUGGCCUUCAUCCACCACACGGUCCAUGGGAGCAUUUCCUGCUAUGAUGACUCGGGAGAGCCUGUGGACUGGUUUAUUGUCUACAAGCUGCCAAGGCCCCCUCAUAGCCCUCCGGCUGAGGGUAUGCGGUACAUGUAUCAAGAUGGGCAAACACAGGGCUGGGUGCAAGGCAGGAGUCUGAUGAACAGCACUGUGGGAGCCGUGGGCCGGACCUUGCAGCAGCUCUAUGUGAAGGCAAGGCGGAGGCAGGAGGAGGAAAUGGCCUACGUCCUCUACAAUGAUGAGCCUCCAAAUAACCCUUCUUUCAUCUUGAAGGGCCAUACAAAAGGGGUAAUCCUCCUGGACAGAACCCAAGGAUUCUGGCUCCUUCACAGCACUCCUCAUUUUCCAUCCAGUACAGAUGAGAAGGAGUAUGUCUGGCCCCAGAGUGCACUGUCCUUUGGGCAGACCUUUCUUUGUGUCACCUAUCCUUACAGCCAAUUCAAAGAUAUUGGGAAUCAGUUGCUCUUCACUGAACCCCACGUCUAUGAUUACCAUGUGGAAGGCACUUUUGCUCAGGACCUGCCAGCCUUACUGAAUGCUUCCAAGGGGCAGCAUGUUCAGCAGGAACCAUGGAAUUCCAGUGUGGCCCUCACAUCACUGGAGGGCAAGGAAUUCGUCAGCUUUGCCAAGUUUCGUUCCUUUGGUGAUGAUCUGUACUCUGGCUGGUUAGCCCAAGCUCUUGCCAGUGAUCUCUAUGUCGAGUUCUGGCUCAGAUCCCGAGGGAUCCUCCCUUCCAACUGUUCUGGGCCUUUCAAAGUCUAUAACGUGCAGAAACUAGCUUUCCAGGAUCCAGCUCCCACCUUCCUUUCCACAAAAGACCAUUCCAAGUGGUGUGUGGGGACCAGGAGUGAUCCUGGCUGGGCCUGUGUUGGAGACAUGAACCGCAAUCAUGCAGAGGAACAGCGUGGGGGUGGCACCAUUUGUUGUCGUGAUUCAACCAUCUGGAAGGCCUUCCAUUCCUUGGUACAGAAUUAUACUGACUGUGAUGAUGCACGGUACCACCUGAAGAAUCUGAGCCAUAGGGGAGUGUGAUUCAUCAGACAGAGAAGAAGUACCACAGGUGAACACAACAGGUAACAGGGAAUCACUCCUAUUGUUUCCCACUUUCGCAUUUGCUCCUCUGGCAUUCAAACACAGUGUAUCAAGCGAUGAUUAAAUUCUUGGCCCUUUUGGUAACUGGCUGUGCUGCUACUUGGCUCCCCUAAACUAGUUCUCUGGAAAGGACCCUUUAAUUUUCAAAAUCUCAAAUACAGCAGGUGUUGCUUUGCACCUUGGACAUUUCCUUUCAUCAGUGUCUCCUGUUACACACUAGCACUACCAGUGUCGUGUGCCUGAGGUGGAGAAAACACAUUGAGGAAUUCUGUAUAAAACAGGCAGUUUGUGCUUGCUUAUUUUGCAUAAGGCUAUUUCAAGAAGCUAGGUGUUCAGUAUAUAUGGGUUUCUAUACAGGAUAUGCUAAUUUGAAGAUAAGUAACAAGGGCAUGACUUCCAUACCCCAACAAUGCAAAUCCAAUCCUUCUCAGUCUGUGAUUUUAAAGAAUCUCUUUAGGCACAAAGGCCAUAAACUUGUUACUGAAGAAAAUAACAAUGACUGGGUUUACACAACAUAACCAGCACACAAGACUGAGUUCGGGUUGUUGCUGAACCAUAGUUUGUUUUUUGAAAUGUGACUUAUGUUUGAACCUAGCCAUGAUGAUAAACCAUGGUUCAUUAACCAUAAACCAUGGUUUACUCCAAAAAUAAACUAUGGGUUCUCUUCAUGAGUUGUUAAUGGUUAACAAGCCAUGGUUUAAUACAACUGGGUUCAGACAUUCAAAUAACUUACACUUCAACUACAAACUACAGUCAGCUCAUAUACAACCUUGAGAGUUGUAUAAAUCCAGUCACUACAUAUAAGAUACUGUUUUCCCCAGUUUUGUGAUAAUUCUUUAGAAUAUUAUUAUUGAUCUCACUUCUAUACCACUCAAUAGCCAGAGCUCUCUUGGUGCUUAGUAUGGCAUAUUCACAGCCCAGGCAGUGGCCCAUUGCUGGGAGAGGAACUCCGAGGAGAUGCCUGCCACUUAUUGCUGGCCCAAGGAUAUUGCUGCCCCACCAUGAGCUUGCCUGCAACUCAGGGUGCACGUACUGUGCCUUCUUUCUCCCAGUUCAAAAGGAUAAAAUGAAGGGAUUCCUACAGCUAUGAGUAAAUGAAGUACAAGUCCCACAGAAUGAAGUACAGUGAGUCCUAGCAUGGAAGAUAACUAUGGCAAUGUAUCAAACUUGUGUGCAAGUGAAAUCCAACUAUUUUACCUGAUACAAUGUCAUUAAAGACUUAAACCCUUAAAAGGCAAUAAA